AUGAUGUUGGUAAUGCUGCUCAUCAUGCUGAUGGUCGUGAUGAUAAAGAUGGCAGCGGCCUCGGUGCCCAGCUCGGAAAUGGACGUCAAACCCGGGCUAGAGAUCAGCAAGCCGUCCCCGUGCACUCCCAAGGUGGGAUUUGAGGUGACAGAGGUUCCCUCCAACAUCUGCAGUGACGUCCAGUCUUUGUCAGUCACCCGGACGCAGAUCAGAGAGAUUCCCCUGGGAGCCUUCACCAGCCUGAAGAACCUCCGGAAUAUAACCAUAUCGGAGAACAGCAUGCUGAAGUCAAUCGGUGCAUAUGCCUUUGCCAACCUAUCCCAGGUCACUUUUAUCAUGAUUACUCAACACGUGGCUUUGAAGAGCAUCGGCGCUUUUGCUUUUUACAACCUUCCUAAACUCGUUGACAUACACAUAACCAAGUCGAUACGUCUGACCUACAUCGACCCAAACGCAUUCACCAACCUUAUGAAACUGCGGAUUUUGAUCAUUUCCAACACCGGGCUGAAAACCUUCCCAACCUUCUCCAAGAUCCGCUCCAUGGCCCUCGACUUUCAGCUUAAUCUGGAGGACAACAGCCAUAUAGAGAGAGUCCCCUCCAAUGCCUUCAGAGGCCUCAGCACUCAGACCAUCAAGGAAAUACGGCUUUCCAGAAAUGGCAUCAAGGAGGUGGCAAGUGACGCCUUCAAUGGAACAAAGAUGGGCACGUUGCUCUUAAAAGGCAACCAGCAGCUUACUCACAUCGAUCCCAACGCCUUUGUGGGCUGCAGUGAGUUGGUGGUACUGGACAUAUCACAAACCGCCCUCAGCACUCUGCCGCACUCCAUCCUCGGAGGACUGGAAAUGCUGAUCGCAGAAUCUGCCUUCCAUCUGAAAGAACUUCCUCCUCUGCAGUUCUUCACCAGGCUGAACAGUGCCAACCUCACGUAUCCGUCACACUGCUGCGCCUUCCAAAACAUGCACAGAAACAGAUCGAAGUGGAACAGCUUCUGCACCCGCCCUGGAGCGAUGGAUUAUGAGCAUUUCUACAGGGACAUCUGCUCCAACUCCACGUCUUUCCCCUGCAGCCCAGCACCGGACAAGUUCAACCCCUGCGAGGACAUCAUGUCCCCCAGCCCUUUGCGGGUGCUCAUCUGGAUCAUCUCCAUCCUGGCACUGCUGGGCAAUGCAGUGGUUCUCUUUGUGUUACUAGGCAGCCGCUCUAAGCUGACUGUCCCUCGUUUCCUCAUGUGCCACUUGGCCUUCGCCGACCUCUGCAUGGGCGUCUACCUGGUGGUCAUAGCGGCGAUGGACAUCCUCACCCGAGGCCGGUAUUACAACCACGCCAUAGUCUGGCAGAUGGGUCUGGGCUGCAAUGCCGCAGGCUUCUUCACCGUGUUUGCCAGCGAGCUGUCGGUGUUCACGUUGACGGCGAUCACGGUGGAGCGCUGGCACACCAUCACGCAUGCUCUGCGGCUGGAUCGCAAGCUCCGCCUCAGAGACGCGUGCGUGAUCAUGACCGGGGGCUGGAUCUUCUCCCUGCUGGCUGCGCUGCUGCCCACGGUUGGGGUCAGCAGCUACGGCAAAGUGAGCAUCUGCCUCCCCAUGGACGUGGAGUCCGUGGUGUCCCAGGUCUACGUGGUUUCUCUCCUCCUCCUCAACAUCGUGGCCUUCUUCUGCGUGUGCGGCUGCUACCUGAGCAUCUACCUGACGUACCGAAAGCCCUCGUCGGCGCCGGCCCACGCAGACACCCGCGUGGCUCAGCGCAUGGCCGUGCUCAUCUUCACCGACUUCAUCUGCAUGGCUCCCAUCUUCUUCUUCGCCAUCUCGGCCGCUCUCAAGCUGCCUCUCAUCUCCGUGUCGGAUUCCAAACUGCUGCUGGUGCUUUUCUACCCCAUCAACUCGUGCGCCAACCCCUUCCUGUACGCCUUCUUCACCCGCACCUUCCGACGGGACUUCUUCAUCCUCUCGGCUCGCUUUGGCCUCUUUAAGACUUGGGCACAGAUGUACCGGACAGAGACUUCAUCCUGUCAGCAGCCAGCAUGGACUUCUCCAAAGAGCAGCCGCCUCACAAUGUCUUCUUUGGCCAAUACGCUCAGUGUAGACGGGAAACAAGAGUGCUGAUCGUCACACGUCACACAGAUAUCUGCUGGUCCAGACUUUUGCUCAACUGCCUGAAGGAGCAUUGAUU